GCACAGUACCCAUUGACCUAUACAAAUUAACCCAUUUGUAAACAGUGAAAUUUUCUUUUUCUUUAAAAAAAGGAUGUUAAAAUCUAAUUGUUUAUCAAAUAUUUUUAGUAUUAUUCAAAGAAGAAAUAGACAAUCAUUAUUAUUAUGUAAUCAAAUAAAACAUGGAUUACAUAACAGUACAACAUUAAAUAAACUUGCAAGAACUCGUAGUGCAGUAGUAACAAAACCGGAUCUAAGUGGUUUAGCACUUGGUCGACUUGCUGCUAUAGUAGAACAAAUUGCUGAAUUAUGUCAACAGGGUCGUCAAUGUAUUCUUGUUACUAGUGGAGCAAUAGCAUUAGGACGGCAUCAUCUUGAAACAGAUGAGAAAAAAAGUAGUCGUGGUGCUCGAGCAGCUUUUGGUAUGGCAGAAAUGGUUACAUUAUAUGAUCAUUUAUUUGAACAAUGUGAUCUUCGAACAGCGGCUAUGUUAUUGACACCUGUAGACUUUGAUGAUGAUCAUCGACGGGCAUAUUGGCGUACAGCACUUCAAGAUUUAUUAAAUCGAGGGGUUGUUCCAAUAAUUAAUACAAACGAUGCUGUCGCUUGGAGUAAAGAAAAUUCUACUGGUACAACAUGCACAGAUACAGCCUCAGCCCUUCAAGUACGUGACAAUGACAGUUUAGCUGCUCGUUUGGCAUGUGAAUUAAAAUCAGAUCUGUUGCUUUUAAUAUCUGAUGUAGAUGGGGUAUACACUGCACCACCUGGUAGUCCUGGUGCUCGAUUUGUGGCCGAGUAUGAAGUAACGAAAAGCCCGGAAUAUGAUACUCACUCACCAUCAGUCAAUGGUGAACUAGUGAGUUUUGGUGAAGCAUCUUCGGUCGGUACUGGUGGUAUGAAAAGUAAAAUUGCAUCGGCAGUUUGGACUGUCAGACAAGGAACUUCAGUUGUCAUAAUUAGAGGUAGCAGAUUUAAUUGUAUUACUGAUGUAAUGAAUGGCAUGGAUGUUGGCACAUUUUUCACACUGGAAGAGAAAAAUGAUGCUGAAAAUCAGCUUGAUACUCGUGAAGAGACAAUUAAACAAAUUGCCACAAAAGCUCGUGAAGCCAGUAUACUAUUGAACUCAUCUACACCUGAGGCUAGAGCGACUGCAAUUGAUAAUUUAGCUGAUAAACUUUUAAAACAUGAAGAUGAAAUUAUUUAUGAAAAUGAAAUUGAUAUAAAACAAGCUGAAACAGCGGGUAUUUCAUCUAUUCUAUUGGCUAGACUUCAAUUAAGUCAUUCAAAGAUAAAAACAUUAAGUGAAGGACUUAGACAAAUUGCCAAUGAAUCGCGUAACCGCCAUGGUCAUGUUAAUUGUGUAUUAUCUCGUACCAAAUUAGCAGACAAUUUAAUUUUAAAGAAAAUUACUGCACCUAUUGGUGUAUUAAUGGUAAUAUUUGAAUCGAGACCAGAUUGCUUACCACAGGUUGCUGCACUUUCAAUCGCUACAGCCAAUGGUCUCUUAGCCAAACCCGGAUCUGAAGCCUUACAUACAGUUCGAGUACUUCAUAGACUUGUUGGUGAAGCUUUGGAAAUGGUCGAUUUGCCAUCUGGAGCUGUUGGUCUACUUGAAGGACGUAAAGAUGUGGAUUAUGUUUUACAGGGUAUAGAUAAACAAUCUUUUGUUGAUUUAGUCAUUCCAAGAGGUAGUUCAAAAAUGAUUGAAAGUAUUCGUAAUGCAGUAAACAAAGCCGGUACUGGUGUUCCUGUCAUGGGGCAUGGAUCUGGUGUCUGUCACGUUUAUGUUGAUUCAGCAGCUGAUCCUGAAAAAGCUUUAAAAAUAGUUAUUGACUCAAAGUGUGAUUAUCCAUCAGCUUGCAAUGCAAUGGAAACUUUACUCGUGCAUAAAUCACAUGCUGAAUCAGGCUUACUGGAGAGGUUAUGUAAUCAUUUACGAGAUCAUAAAGUGAAACUGCAUGCUGGACCAGGUAUGAUACGUUUAGGUCAAAAUUUAACAGAUGAAAUGAAACCAGCAAAGAGUCUAUCUUACGAAUAUGGUGAUCUAGAAUGUACUGUAGAAUUAGUAGAAAGCGUAGAUGAAGCUAUCGAGUAUAUUGGAUCGUAUGGAAGCGCACAUACUGAAUCGAUUGUAACAGAAGACAAAGCUACAGCCGAAAUAUUUCUUGAGAAAACAGACAGUGCAUGCGUUUUUCACAAUGCAAGUACAAGGUUCGCUGAUGGUUACCGAUUUGGGUUAGGUGCUGAAGUUGGAAUAAACACAGGGAGAAUUCAUGCUCGUGGACCAGUCGGAGUUGAAGGACUAUUAACAACUAAAUGGAUUUUACAUGGAGAUGGACAUUGUGUUACUGAUUUUAGUUCAGGAAAAUUAAAUUACCUACAUGAGUCUUUGCCAAUUAAAUGAAGAGAAAUUAGUUUGUGCUUACUAUACAUGUUUAUAAUUUGUAGAGAAAGUCAGCAUUUUAUGCUUUUCUUGAAUGUAUUAAGAGCUUCUCCUGAUAGCUUGUAUUAAAUGAAGUUUUAAUAUAAUAAAUCAGUUUCUUUUUAAUUGAGGUGUUCUCUUAAGUAUUUACUAAAGUACAAAUUAUGAUAAAUUAUAGUAGAAAUGGUUCUUUUUAUGUUGUUUUGAUGUCAACACUUCAAGCCUAAAUCUCUUGUAGAUCCGCGAUGAAUACUACUCAUCAAAUGACUGAAAUGAAGUAACUAAACUGACAUUUUCCAACCUCGAUUCCUCCAGAUAAUUCCAAAAUCCCAGAAUAAUUCUUUAUCAAAAAAGGUGAUAUACUGCGUCAUGCUGACCUACUAGUUAAAAGCCAAGUCACAACUCACUUUAUCUUGCUAAGAAUACAUAUAUACACUAUUCGUUGGGAAUCUGGCUUUAUUUUCGGAGCGAACAAACAUACGUUUAUGAAUAAAGUCCCUUGAAAUAUCCUUCGUGCUAGUUGACGCUUGUAAGCAAGGCAUAUCUACGGCCGUGAAGGAGUAGGUGUUUUAUGUGUACUCUACUUUGAAUUAAUUUAUACCCUUUUAAUUUCUAUCUUUUGAAAUUGCCUCAUCGAUUUUUUCAUUAUUUUGACACUAUAUUUGAUUUGCGGGCAUCACAAGUAUUCACACUUCAAUGGAUAACCGAAUCAUGACUGCAUUUAGAUAAGUUGAAUACCGGCACACAUUGAAAGGAUAUGACAAUCUUGGCGUGAUAUAUAUUUUAUAAUAAAAAAAAGAGACGUUUACUUUUUCCAAUAUUGUUUACCAUCUAAAACUGUUAACCUGAAAUAAUUUGAUGUUACAUCUAGUACAAUAACUUCCUGACCGUUUCAAUUAAUAUUUCACAAUGAGUAUAGAUACAAAUGUUUAACCAUUAACCAAUCUUAAGAGGUUCGUCGAGAAGAAAACUGUAGCACGUUAUUGCUUAUUGUAAGUCUAUCAAAAUAAUAAUAAGUUCUUCAAAUGAAUUUCUGUUGUUCACCGAAUAUAUUCCUCUUUGUGUUCUUAAAACAAUAAGAUUACUAUUUCCCUUUUUCUAUGCGCUAUGUAUAAAAAAACUACCAAUCAAAUUAAAAGUAUUUCUUCAAAGGAGUAUCCCUAUUUAUAGUAAGAAAUAUAUGUAAAUAAUUCACAAGCUAGUUUGUUUAUUACUAUUAAUAUUUAAUAUUUUCUCCGAUACUCUACAUAAUUGUGUACUUGAUAUGGUUUGUAUUUUUCUUAGUUAUUGCGCCUAGCGACCUGCUUAAGCCGCUGAUUUAUCUAAUUUUUUUUACUACUGUGGGGAUGUUAAAACAGCCUUUGAUGUUUUUUGUCAAAUUUUGUACUCAUGAAUCCAUACUAUUCAACA